AAUAAGUUUGAACAGAACUUACACAUGUGCUGCGAUCUGCUGCGGCUAAUAUCAUAGCAAAGCCAUUGUGCAGUUUCAUUUUAGUUGAAUUUGAUAUUCUGUCAUGUCGAACGCCGAAGUUGGCAUCGGUGCCGUGCGCGGGGGCGGCGAUUCUGUAAAACAAGCUAUAAUCGAGGAGCUGCAGAAUCUGUUAAGCUCGGACACAACUGUUUUGCAACAGGCAGAAAAGCGUAACAAGCAAUUGCAAUACACGGAAGGGUAUGGAGUCUACUUGUCGGAGAUAAUUAUGAACCAAUCACAUGAGCUGCCAUUGCGUCAAAUAGCGAUUAUAAUGCUGACCCGGUAUGUUGAAAACCAUUGGGCGGAUCCGGAUGAGAGGGACAAAGCAGGUGGGCAUAUGGCUACCGAACAGGCUAAGCGUACAAUCCGUAACAUAUUGCCCAAUGGCCUGUACGAUCCCAACUCUAAAAUACGCUCAUCGGUGGCUCACACAAUAUCCACAAUCGCGGCAACAGACUAUCCACAUUGUUGGGCAGAACUCUUUGACAUUAUAGUCAAAUGUUUAGGUGGCAACGAGGAUUCCAUACAUGGUGCUAUGCAAGUAUUGCAAGACUUUACCUACGAUGUAGAUCAAAUCAAGGAGCUUGGUCCUGUGGUUAUACCUGAAGUAUAUCGCAUAUUCGACUCGGAACAAAACUAUUCGAUAAAAACGCGAGUUUCUGCGAUACGAACGUUGAAGCAACUAUUUACGUCCAUCUCGGCACUCAUAACGGACAAGCAAGAGCAGAGCUCCAUGAUGAGCUCUAUUCUGUCUAACUUUAUGGACAAGCUUGUGCACUAUCUCAGCAUGAAUUGCGGGGCUGGAUCUAGCUUUCUGCUGCGCUCCGAAAUCAUAAAAGUGUUCAGUUAUCUGGUGACUGAUAUGCCGAAGUAUAUAAAUCCGUUUAUGGAUCGCAUCUUGCCAAUUAUUUGGCAGUUGCUUACACAAAUAGCGGAAACCUAUGUAAAGGUAUCUGUCAAUCAGACGGAAGCGAAUCCCUUGGCAACUAGCGAAUACGAAGAAGAAGAUGAGCAGACCAAUUUCCAAACGCUGAUAAUACAAAUUCUCGAGUUUAUUAACUGCAUUGUCACCUGCGGCAAAUUGCGUGGCAAUAUUAAGAAUGUUCUUGCGGAUUUAAUUUAUAUAACUAUCGUGUAUAUCCAACUCGGCGAGGAGCAGCUGGAGGACUGGCAAGAGGACCCAGAGAAAUUUGUAGACGACGAAGACGACGGUGGAGUCGAGCUAACUGUACGCAUGUGUGGUCGCGAUGUUCUUCUGGCCAUUAAUGACGAGUUCGGAGUGAAGGCCAUUCAGCCGCUGCAGGAAGCGCUUGGCCGGCAUUUUAGCGUAGCGGAGGCGGAGAAGGAGGCCAACAAUCCGAAUUGGUGGAAAAUUCAUGAAGCUUGCAUGGAUGCAGUUCACAGUUUUCGCGACAUAAUACUCGAGGGUGAUUCCAAAUUUGAUUUGCUUAACUAUCUGACGAUUGUGAGAAAUUUGUUAGUACAUCAGGAAUCGCCCCAUCUGGUCGGCCGCGCUCUCUGGACCCUCAGCACGUACUCCAAGUCGGAUUUGUACAAUCCGCAGAUGAUAGUCGAAAUUUUGGACGUAACGCUGUGCAGUUUAUCGCCAGAUAAGUCACAUAUUCUACGCAUCAGCGCUGUUCGGGCCUUGCACGGCUUCCUGCAAGCCAAUGAAAAUGUUGAGGGCGAAAAACGCACACUUCUCGUGUCGAAACUUCCCGGUUUUUUGGAAGGAAUCAUGACGCUAGUGCCUGGCUGCAAGGCCACUGUGCUGGCGCUCAUAAUGGAAGCUCUUACGAUGAUGGUCAAAUUUGAUGCGGACUUUGCAUAUGCGGCGCAUCCAAAAAUUACACCUCUGACCAUUGCAGCAUUCCUCAAGUAUGCAGAAGAUCCGUUUGUUUUCGAAAAUGUACUAGAUCUGAUCAAAGCGUUGUGCCAACACAAACAGUGCCUGGGACCUUUGCAAGAGAAAUUCAUACCAACUAUUGUUAGCAUACUGACGUUGCAAGGUGAGCAAUGCGUCGAGAAGCAGGAUAUCGCCCUGGACGUGCUCAACACAAUUGUCAAGUAUACGGAGCCUCCGCUGCCCACUGCUCUACUGGAAUCAGCAUUUCCCGCCAUGGUAAACUGUGUGCUGCAUACGGACGAUCACACCGUAAUGGUCGCCGGCGGGGAGUGCCUUCGUAGCUUUAUCAAUGUUUCGCCUGAGCAAAUUUGUAACUACAAGAAUGGCGAGGGUGUCAACUAUGUGAUGCAGGUGGCAACGGUUUUGUUAAAUCCAAUGAACGCCGAGAUGACCGCCGGUGGCCAAAUUGGUCGACUGAUUAUCACCAUAAUCACCAAAAUGGGCAGCAUGCUGGGGCAAACUGUGGACAUGCUGCUAAAGGCCGUCAUUAGCAAGAUGCAGAACCUCGAGUGUCUAAAGGUCAUUAUGAAUUUGGUGUUGAUAUUCGCUCAUCUGUUUCUUACCCAAAUGGAUGCGGUGCUUAACUUUUUGUCUACGGUUCCCGGACCCAAUGGCGAGCCCGCAUUGCAGUUUGUUCUUACCAAUUGGCUGUCGCGUCAAAACUCCUUCUUUGGUGCAUACGAACGAAAAGUUACCACGAUGGCCCUCUGCAAACUUUUUGAAUAUGGCGUGGCCACCCAGGACAACCGUCUGACAUCCAUAACAUACAAGGAACUGGUGGAGGAGCCGAGCGGCGAUCGUAUACGCACACGCUCAGUUGCGGCGUCCUAUCAAAAAUGGGUUACAAUUCCCGCACUUGUAAAGAUCUUUAAAGUUCUCAUAUCCGAGUAUCAGCACUUUCAAGAGGGCAAAACGGAUGCGCCGCUUACAGACUCCGAGGAUGAAGUAACCGAGGAAGAUGAUGUUCCUGGCAAUGCCAACAAGCCACGCUACAUUUCUGACUUGUGUUUCGAUUUCGACGAGGACAAUGCCGAGGACGAGCAAGUGCUACAGGUGCUGCUCAAGGAGUGCAACUACACAGGCGACAUUGGUGAAAAUUUACAAAAGUUUCUCACAAACUUCACUCAAAACGAACAUUUUCCCACAUUCUACGAACAUCUCAACGAAUCCGAACGCCUUGUUCUGCUGGCCAAGGCACAACAAAAGUAAUUUAAACUCUCGGUCUUCAAUACAGACUUUAUGAAAACUAUAGCAUAUGUUUUUCAACCCAUUGUGUUAAACCUAUUUAAUAUUUGUUAUAAAGCAUUCAAUAAAAUAAAACCUUUAUAUUUUUAGCGUA